CCUCCUUCCCUCUCGUUACAUUGUAACCGCGACUCCGACACUCGGCAACAAUCCGCUCCCGGUCCCCGGUCCCCGGUAUGAAGCCGCCGCUCCUCCGCCUCUCGUUCCUUCUCCUUCUCAUCACUUCCCAAUCAUCUGCCGACGAGAGUCCCGGGAGAGGAUUUGGAGACCACAUUCACUGGAGAACCCUGGAGGAUGGUAAAAAAGAAGCUGAAGCUAGUGGCCUUCCAUUGAUGUUGAUCAUACACAAAAGCUGGUGUGGAGCUUGUAAAGCACUGAAACCAAAUUUUGCUGCCUCCAAAGAGAUCUCAGAAUUGGCCCAUAACUUUGUCAUGGUUAAUGUUGAGGAUGAAGAUGAGCCCAAAGAUUCCAUAUUCAGCCCCGACGGAGGCUACAUACCUAGAAUCCUCUUCUUGGAUGCCCACGGCAAGGUUCAUCCAGAGAUCAUCAAUGAGAAGGGAAACCCCAAUUACAAAUAUUUCUACAGUUCUGCUGAUCAAGUGUUGGUCGCCAUGACAGAGGCGCAGAAUAAGCUGACGGGCGAUGUAUCCAGAAAGGAACGUGUCUCUGAUGAGCUGUAAUGGUGGUCAGUGCCCGUGCCCUGCCUGACAAUAAUAACCUUCAACACACAGCCACUUGUGAACUUCAGCAGAUUUUUUUUUAAGUUUUUAAAUAAUUCUAUACCUUUCAAUAAACUCUACCUGGUGAGGCCUGUUUAAAGCUCACUAUUACAGUGUCGUCAACCAGUGUUUUUAAUAAAUCCUAUUUGGUUGUAGAAUUACAUGAUUACUAACAAGGCAAAGUGACUCGCUUGUCAACCUUUUAAUUUACUCGGCUGAAAAGUGUGACCCAAAUCCCUGGUGCCAACAACAAACAUUCAGAGAGGGUCAUAUAGUUAGUUGUGUGGUUCUGAAUAGUAUAAAGUGCUGAGUUGGGAGAAAGUCUUAAAAGUCUUUAUAGAAACAAAUUGGUGCUGGAACGUAAGAGUACUACUGUACAUUACAUCUGAUGAUUCACUUCCAUGGUAUUAGGGUAUCAGUCUGGCUCAGUCGGUAGCACUGUCUCUGUCAGAAGGCUGUGGGUUCAAGCCCCAUGUUGGGUCUAAGCUGCCACUCUAAUGCAGUGCCUUGGGGAUGCACUAUGGUGGAUGAAAACCAUAUUCUAGCCUUGACAACAGAGUGAGAAGGGAAACAUCCCAAAACAUCUACAAAUUGUAAAACUGUCUGUUACUGGGUGUGGGAGUAGUUUUAUUUUACACAACAUGAAGUGUCCUGUGAAAAUUAAUGUGGAGAAUUGGUCUACUGCUGUCCUAUCACUAUUGUAUUUUUGAUACAUCUUUUGGGAUGAAAACCAUUAAAUAAAUGAAAGAAA